CUCCCCAGGUGCAGCUGCAGCAAGCCCCAGGCAUGUUCCACCUGAACGAGGCCUUCUCUGAAGCGGUGCAGAUCCCCCUAGACCGCUUGUGCCGGGCCUCUCCUUAUCCCUCCCACCGGGCCAGCCUGAGCCCUGCUUCCAGCACUUCUCCGUGGGCUCUGAUCGCCAAGAACCCCACAAAGCCCUCAGCAAACCAGCCUCCCCCAGAAGCCGAUGAAGAGGCAGUCAGGACAAGCAAAGAGCAGGCAAUGGAGCUGGACUCCCCCCACUCGCCCAGCACCUGCUCCGAUGUCCUGAGUGCUGUGGUGUGGGCCCAGGCCGACAGCGGAAGGGGCUCCGAAACCGAUGCCUGCGACCAAUCGCCGGACGCUUCGGAAGCCAGCCUCAGCCUGCUGGAGGCAGGGUUGGAGGCGGAGGAGGGCGAUGUAGAGAGUAUGAGCUGGGCCACGGCUGUGGCCCUGGCCUGGCUGGAGCAUCGCUGUGCUGGCUUUUUUGUGGAAUGGGAGCUGCUGGCGGCUAAAGCGGAUUGCUGGCUGCGUGGUCAGCAGCUGCCCGAAGGCCUGGACGUGGCUGCCCUGAAAGGAGCAGCCCGCCAACUUUUCCUGCUGCUCCGCCAUUGGGAUGAGAACAUCAAGCUGAACAUGUUGUGCUACAACCCGAAUAACGUGUGACGAGCCAGCCAGGCUUUCACUUGUACGAGGGCAAUAAAGAGAAAAUGGAUUCCAGGAGUCCCGGUUGUUGAGAAGGUUCUUUCACGGGCUGGGAAUAUAAAGUAGGAUUUUGCUGAUGAUGGA